UGGGCGGAGUUCAACUAUUUACUCACUGCACUUGCUGGGGGACAGAUAUGUGUUCAACCGGACUGUUUGGCCCUCUGUGAGGGUUAAAGUGCACAUUUUCUAAUCUUUUGAUAUCGUUUGUUACUCUCGGCGACGCGUCAAAAUGAUGCGCUUCCUGCUGCUCUUCAGUCGCCAGGGGAAGCUACGUCUGCAGAAGUGGUUCACACCCUUGUCAGAACGUGAGAAGAAGAAGAUCAUCAGGGACAUGACCACCAUGGUGUUGGCACGGCAAGCACGUUCCUGUAAUUUUCUGCAAUGGAAAGACCUGAAGAUUAUUUACAAGAGGUAUGCAAGUUUAUAUUUUUGCUUGGGUGUAGAGAACCAGGAAAACGAGUUAUUAGGCCUGGAGGUCAUUCAUCGCUAUGUGGAGCUGCUGGACAAAUAUUUUGGCAAUGUCUGUGAGCUGGACAUAAUCUUUAACUUUGAGAAGGCCUAUUUUAUCCUGGAUGAGUUUUUAUUGGGAGGAGAGAUACAGGAAACCUCUAAACAGAGUGUGAACCGCUCCAUUGAAGCCUCAGACAUGUUACAGGAGGAUGACAGCAGUGAGUGGUAUGAGGUGGAGCUGUUUGGAUGACCAUGAAUAUGGACAGACAGACCAUGGAGGAGUACAUGAGCAAACCUGCAUUUUAACCACUGGGAGGAGAAAAUGCACACAAGAAGGAAGAUGAAAAACACAGGAAUCAAACGUACUGUAUGUGGAUGAAGAAGUUUCUGAAAAUGCAUGUGCUUUAAUUCUACUGAAUAUUUAUGGCAUAUUUAAGUGCCUGCUACAGUCUGCCUGGACUUAGGAGUGGCAUUUGUUUGAUUUUAAAUGAAGAAGGAAUACAAGGAUAGUGGAAUGAGAAAUGCAUAUUAAAUGAAUGAUUUUUAGAUUGUUAAUAGCAUUUACACCAAAAUUGUUGUAUUAAUAUAUAAGAAUAGAUUAAAUUCACUCAAACAGACUGAUUUUUAGAGCAAUUGUGCUUCACUGAUACUACACUGGAUAAUUCACAACGUAUGUUCAGUCUUAAAGAGCUUUCGCAACACCAAAACAACUGUCUGUAACUGCUUUGUUACCCUUUUUUGAUACAUGUAACAUAUAAUGUGUGUGUGACUAUUGCUUGGUAUAAGGUGGGGUUGCCACACUGGCAUUGAGUUGUUUUUUUUUUAUCACGUGCAAUUUGUAAUGUUAUAACUGGUAUAAAUGGUCUGUUUGGACUUUUUCCCCCCUUUUUAUAAUGAUUUGUAUCAAAAAUGCAUUUGACUUUAAUAUAAAUGUAUCCUUUU